AACGCGACAUCUCCAUCUGCAGGCCACAAACCAGGAACACGGAAAGCUACAGGCAUGACCUCGGAGAACAACAGCAGCAGUAGCACGAAGCGCGUCGUCGCUGGUGCCGUGUCGGCGUCCGGUUACGAUGUCACAAGGAGGAAGAAGGGCACCGCACAGCUUGCUAGGGAGCGAGCGCUGAGCAUAAAACAACGCUACGUCGUCAGCGGCGGGACCGAACCUCCCUUCUCGGGCCGCUUCUCGAACGGGGUCAGGUACAGCACCAAGAGGCGGGGCACCUUCAACUGCGCCGUGUGUGACCUCCCGGCCUACUCGUCUUCUUCCAAGUUCAACAGCGGCACGGGAUGGCCCAGUUUCUACGAGACCAUCGACCCCGAUCACGUGUGGGAGACCACAGACCUCUCGGCGGGCAUGGUGCGGAAGGAGGUCAAGUGCGCCCGGUGCCAUGCUCACCAGGGGCACGUGUUCAACGACGGGCCUCGACCAACAGGAAAGAGGUACUGCGUCAACGCAGCAUCCUUGACGUUCAAGGCGGCUCACGGUGAAGGUCAGGUGCCGUCGCACGGCAUCGCCGCGGGGUUCGUAGAUAUGUUGUCGAGGCACCUCCGCAUCCGCACGAAGAACAAGGGCGGCAAGGAGGGUGCGGAAGGGGAGGAAGAGCCGUCAGCCCGGCCGACGGUCGCGUGAUGUGAUAUGAUGUGAUGUGAUGUGAUAUGAUAUGAUAUGAUGUUUUGUGG